CAGUCAGUCGAACGGCAAGGAGCGGUGAAGCGCAAGUUGUUUUCAAAGUGAGGCAGUGAUCUUCGGUCCUGUACCGCAGGUGCAGUUCGUCGACGUCUCGCAGGAAACAUAAGGACUCUUCUUGGAUACGAUCCGUGUGGAGAGCAACAAUGAGACUGCCACGGCCUGGCCGAGUUCUUCGGCUGGUGUUGCUGUCACUUGUCUGCCUGAUGGCAACUGACAUCUGCCAUGCGAGGCCCCAGCAACAAUCCACAUCAGCAGACGCCAGUGGCAAAAUAAAUGCAUCUUCAGUUUCUCCAGAAGAACAAGUGGCAGAUGGAAAUGCUUCCUCUGCCCUUGGCAGCUGGCGAUCUUCAGUGUCUGAAACAUCAUCGGCAAAUGAACAUCAACUGCAUUCUGAUCAAGACCGGAGCAGAGUCAGACUUGAGAAUGGGGAUGAUGACAAACAAAGAGGAGGAAAAAUACAAAAGUCAGCCGAUACCCAGCAAGUGACAGCAACCCUUUUCAGCAAUGCUACUAUAGUAGAAACGUCCACCAACAAUAUGGGGCGUGCCAAACACUCUUCUCCAAUGGGAGAUUCCAUAAAGUCUUUAGCGAGUCAACUUUUAGAUUCACAAUAUUUUGAAAAAGACAGCGAUGAAGGUGAAACAGACAGCGACGAAGGUGGCAGUGAUUCAAUGGUGGACAAAGAUGUAAGAACGCCACCUAAAUUGAAGUCACAAUUGAAACAUAAACAGAGCAAUCAACGUGUAAAAUUACUGCCAAAGACAACCGAAAUCCCAAUACACUCACAUUCCCAUGAGGAUACCGGAGAGGAGAUGAACCUCAAAGGAAUUGCCGUCCCCGUUAUAAUUGAAGACGAUGAGGAAUUAGAAAAAACGAUUGAAAAACUUUCAUAUACUGAUCCGAGCGACACACGGCAGACUGUAGGUGACAUGAACCAAAAGAAGAAAUCAACAACUACGAUAAUGACAACACUGAGACCCUACUAUGAAUCACCGUCAUCUGAUGUUGUGUCGACGUGGGUUCUUCUUAGCGGCAGCAGCUCUCCAACAACCCCUUCACAUCUGCUAAACAAGGAGAAGACACACAGCCCAAGAGUCCCAAGCAGCCACAAAACUGCAGUCACCACACCAAUAUCAGAACACUUAAAGACUACUUCAGCAGCAACUAAAGUUUCAUAUAAAGACUUGAGAGGCACCAUAGAGCCGUAUUAUCAUCAAGGAAGUGGUGGCCUCGGUCCCUAUGGGAGCACUGUGACUCCUUCAACAGUAACAAGGAAACCUGUUCGAAUAGGCAGCCCAACAUCAGCGUUAUUCUCUGAAACUGCAAAGCCUCAUUUGCGUCAAAAUGAAACACUGGAAAUACUUAAACUUUCGAAAACCAGGAAACCAAACCCAACACGCACGACCAUUAAAAUGCCCACGACAACAGCAGCGGCAACAACAGUAACAACAACAUCUGUCCCAACUUUCUCUACGAAACUACGGCCUCUUAACCAACAAAGCAACAGCCAGAAAAGCCAGCUGAGAGGGACAACAGUUAGACCAACUGCAGUCGCAGCAGACAGACAUCGAGACACCGAGGAACUUCUCAGGCCUAUUGCCACAGUAGCUACUCCUGAAAAUGAAACCACCUCUUCAGAAGAAAAUAACGCGGAAGACAGCAGCACCGAUGCAUCUCUAGACACGAUGACAAAACGCCCCGGACGCCCAACCGGAGGAAACAAGAAAAGGAAGAAUAACAAAAAUAGACGUAGACGGCCCAGCAAUAAACCAGAAGUAACUGAAGACCCUGAGAGUAAAACUGGAGAAAUGAAUACCACUUUCACCAACAACAAAGUGACGACAAAGGAACGCCCUCUUUCUACUAGGAUAUAUAAUUAUCUUGCUCGAGAGGUGAUGCCUUCCGUUGGAGUGGGAUUGAUUGGUCUCGUGGUUACAGCUGGACUUGCUGGUCUAAUCAUGUACCCUUUUGGCGGAGGACUUGCCACAAGGCGAACUUACGAAGAACAAAUGCCUCCACACCAACUGCACCCCAGCGCAUACUAUCACCAUGGCGAAUAUGACGGCGAAAUCGACAACAGUCAGUCGGAAGAGGAGGUGUUUGGGAAACUGUUAGAGGGAAUGAAUGAUAAAGGAGAAUUUACUUACAGCGGUAUAGGUGAAGAAACAACAGGUUAUGCUGGAGCACCAGGGAUGGAUCUCGAUCAGGACUCCAGAUACAAGACUACGGCUGGCGGCGUAGAAGAUGGGCAGAUGUACAGUUCGGCCGGCAUGAGAUACGGUGGAGUAACAAUUGAUUCUUCACAGCAGGGUGCUGCAAGUUUCGCAGGUUCUGGGAAGAACGAAGCAACGUAUCCAUAUUCCCAUGGCAGCCAACAUAGUUAUGGGAGCAGUUUGCGUGCCGCUGACACACAAGAUAGGUAUCAGUACGGGGGAAUGGCUACAAGGAGUGGGGGCAUUGGAGACUCAGUGAGGGAAUCUCAGCAUCUGUAUAGCGGAACUGUAAAUACAGCUAAAAAGCAGUAUGCGGUGGGAAGCAUUCACCUCGACGGCAAGCCACACCAACAUGCAGGCUCUCGGACUACUGCAUAUGGAGGGCUAUAUUACACGCCAAGUUACACAGCGUCAGAAUCUCAUGCGCUAAACGCUUACGGAGGAUUGACAGCGACAGAAGGGCCGGCAUAUGGGAGCAUGCAAGUUGACAGUAAGCAAGGGCUGCGUCAUUCAGCGAAUACAGAGAAAUCUUCAGAAAUGAAACAUAAAACAAUUAGCAUUUUGGAAAGCAUCUCUGCAGGAAAUGAGCAGUAUAGAAGAGGCGUUUCCGAGAACAGACAACAGUAUAGGGGUGGCAUAGACACACAACCUCGAUCAGGGGGCAGUAUUAUUACCGUUUCUGUCACAAGGCAACCGGGCCCACGCGGAGUGCUUGAAGAUACACAGACUGAGCAGUUUGUAGAGCAUGAGCAUAUUGAAAAAAUUUCAAGAAAUAAGCAAGGUUCAAGUCAACGAAAACAUGAAAUAUAUAUGAACAGUGACGCUGAGGAUAGAACUAAUGGGAAGCGGGACAGUAAAAACGGGCCUGGAAGUUUAUCAGAUAUCUCAAGUGGAAUAUCUUCAGAGUUUCAAAAGACGGAGUCACUUAUUUCAGGUUUUGUUGGACAUGGACCUAGGAGUUUAAGACUCAAGCGAGAUACCAAUGAGUCUACGAAAUUCAGAAUUCCAGAUGGGGAUGUGAGAGACAACGAAAUUGAGACUAACAAACUGAAAUACCCUGUAAAUAGAAAUCUUAUAGGAAAAGAUUAUCAAGAUGAAAGCAAUGAAUUGCCUACUCACUUGAUGUUGAAAAAUUCUGUAACUUUACUUGGGGACAUACAAAAGAGGGAAGGGAUUGUCAAGGCAUCAGUAGGAAAAGAAACAACAGAAACAGAGACAUCCACGGUAAAUGGCAGAGUGACAAAUAACCCAACUGAAGACACCGAAAACGUUAACACUGUUACGUUACCAAAUGAAAGCUCUACCCUCGAAAAUGAACUACCUACGACGACACAUUUUAACGACUAUGAUACUAGUGGUGAAUACGCUGAUAUACAGAGUGACGAGGAAUAUGAUACAACCAUUUCCCCCGAAAUGACGACAGUGUCUAAUGAGAUAUCAACUAAAGACGCAGAUAUAGAAAUGACAACUAAAAUCCCAGAAUCACAAUUUUCCCUUCUAGGAUUUGUUCGACGUAUUGCACGUUUCAAGCUUAGAAUGGGGCUAAACUUGUUGAAGAGCACAUCUCAAGCACUUACUAAUUACAUAGAGAGAGUUCAGAGACGAAUGGACAAGGAUUAUAACAGUUCCAAAGGCAGUUCAAUUAAUGCAAGAAUAAUCAAGAGAGACACUUGAAAAUUAAAGACUACUUGUAAAAUAAAUCGAAGAAAAGUAAGUUAAAUCUAUUCAGAAAGCAGAAAGCGACUUAGAGGGCAGUUGAACUCUGAAGCAAUUUUAUACUGCGAGGAAAAUAAAAGAAACAUAAUUAAGUUUAGAAGGAAUUUGUAACUCUUAUGGAACGUAUGAAUAUGAUCAAUUUUUUACGAGAGUACAUUAUUUUAUGAGUAAGUGUUACAUUUUAAUAAGAAAUAUGCACAGAAAUCUUGUAUAUUCAUGAUAGUUACAUUUCUACACAGAAAUAAUGCUGUCAUAUGCAGAAUUUUAUUCAGCUUAUGAAGAGCAAAUUAGAUUGACAGACAAACGGAACCUCAGAAAUUAACAUAGUAUCGACUUUAAAUCAACAGUGCAUGAUCUGAUCCUUGUGCAAAAUUAUAUUACAGUUAUUAACAGGUCAGUUGAUUUGAAAAGAGAGUGAAUGAAAUUUUGUCCACAUGAUUCAAGUAAGGACAGGUGAAGAUGACACUUGCUGUAGUGUACAGCAAGGAAGCUGGUGUUAUCAUAAUCUGCCCAUCUAUGAAAACAGCACAGUGUACCACAUAGAGAAAUUACAGCAUCAUAUCUGUUAUUAGAUGCUUCAAAAAUAGUAAAACGAAAAGCUAGGUCGAUAAUGACUUGGGUUUUUAUAUUAAAUAAGUCCAUUAUGAAAGUUCAUGAUAUUUCGCAAUUUACAUAGACAGUUGAAGUUGUAAAAUAAUCAUUUGCAUAAUUUAUUCUUUUAUGAGGAAUACCUUCUUUUAGGUUGUGACAUCAUGUACUUCAGAGAGACCACAUGUUUCAGUGGUACACAUCACCUCUGUCUUUAGAGUCGAUUAGCAAGCCAAGAAAGAAUCCAGCAAGCUAAACUGAGCUUGCCUCCUGUUACCUGUAGUUUCUAGUUUGGUUCAUUUUUCGAUCCUGAAGAUGGAGACCCUAUGAUCCUCCGAACCAUCGGGCUGUCUCAGUUACAACCAUGAAGACUGUACUCUUCAAUCAGUGAGAACUUCAAAUAUAAUAUUAGUAUUUAUGUUAACUUCUAAAAUAAAAUAUUUAAGAAUUCCGAGGAAUCUCUUGGCCUGCAAUACACACAUAAUUGUCUUUAAACAUUUCAAAAAUAUUUUCUGUGCAGCUGUUAGGGUUUAUCAGAGAAAAAAAUGGUAUUCAGAAUUCCGUGUAGAUAGUCUGAUAUGUAGACAGGAUUGCAUCUUCACAUAAUAAGUGAACAAUGUAAACAAAGUUUUAGCUACACUAUACACUGCACUAAGUUUUACAAAGGUACAUUGUACUUAGCUAAAAUGAAGGAAUCUUUCUGAUUACAGAUCUAAUGCAUAUCACCAAAUCAGUGGUGUAGGUGUUCAUAUCAUUUUAAUUUAUAUAGAUUGGGAAUAUAAGUGUUCAUUGCAUCAAGGCAAUAAACAAAUCACUGCUCUUGGGGUCAGAAAGGGUUGCGAUAUUUUAGACAAUGUAAAUGAAAAGAAAGAAAACGCAUGCAGAGUUUAUUGAUUUUCUUUUUGAAUUUGACAUAUGGGUCUUGUGAUAACAGAUAGACAUUUUAAUAUGUUAUAAAAUUCAUUGUUUUUCCCACUGUUUCUUUUUAUUAAACAUAUUUUGAAUUUAUCACGGCCUAUUAUUCAUUUAGGUGUAUGUAAAUGAAAUGAGAGUGUAUACAUAUUAUUAUUUAAUAAAUAGAAUUACUAAACGUGUUGUAAGUACAUAAAAUUGGAGACACAUUCUAAUGUACUUCCAUAGAUGUCUGUGCAAUACAGUUUCUUCAAGAACUAUUACACAAAUAUGUGCUCACCAGUACGAUACAAUAUGCAGCUUAUGGCUAAAUACAUGUACAGUGAUGUUGGUCCCAAUUCAUUGCAAUAAGUAUACAAAUAUAUUUUACGAAAUAUUACACCAGCAGAAGUGCAGAAAUAAUAUUAACUUGUAGAAUAAGUUAAUACAAUUUACCUUGGACCACUAUAGUGUUGGUCGAAGGUUUAAUAAACGCUCAUGGCAUGAUUCACAUAGUUCUCUGCUGUUAGGUGUGUCUGUGUUUGUAAAAAUCUUAGAUGAGGCCAUUCUCUAUCAAGGGAGUUUUAUCAAAUGUGUAAAAGACUGAAUUCUGAUAAGAACAUACCAUAUGCCCUAAUCCAUGACUGGUGAGGGAGAUAAUUUAACAUUCACAAUUUGAUGCUACAUAAGCUCUGCAGUUAGAAAGACACCAUUAAAGAAAUCCAGAAUUGAGCAUGAUACUGUAUGAUUAUCAAUAGAAACAAAUUAUAUAGAAGACACAUGAGAAUUUUAAUGUUCCACUAUGUUGGAGAUUUUAAUUGAAUUUGUCAUAUGGACACUGUUAUGUAGUCAUUACUGAGAUUACACAAGAAAAUGAUCUUUAUGAAUGUGCUGUCCAGAUAGUAAAUUGGGUACUUCCAUUCGAAAAUACUUCUGGGUGGAAUUUAAUCUUAACUAGCAGGAAUCUGAAUUAUUUACAGUGUAUUAAUUAAUAGACUUGUAUGUAGUCCUUCUAAGUAUCUUAACAUUACCAUAUAAAGAGAUAUAAAUACACAAUUUCUUGCAGAUAGAAAAACACAGUGUUUUUAUUGAUCAUUCCAUUCAAGUAACUAUGUAUGAAAUAAAACAAAUAUAUUUUCUGUUUGUAUGUCAUACAACAAUUUAACCUGUAUUCUUGUCUCGAUGUUAACAGAGCAUUAAGAAGAAACUGCUAAAGAUCAUCAUGGUGAAUUUCAACUAAUAGCUCAACUAAUAAUAAGUUUUUUAAUCAUCGACUAAUGAAGAAUAAAUGAGAAUACAAAAGGCGGUACAUCAGCUGUUUAUGGAUUCCAAGAAAUAAUACGAUUCAGUUGAGAGGGAAAUAUUGUACAAUAUUCUUGUCAAAAUCUGUACUUCCAUGAAAAUAAUUAGGCUAAUUAAAAUGUGUUUUAAUGUGACCCAUAGGAAAGUCCAUGUAGAUUAACAUUUGUUUCUUAUUCGAGAAUAGUCCGACUCGGUGACAUUCUCUACCAGUAUUGCUCUUCAAGUAUACUUUUGAGCAUACCUUUAGGAGGCCCAAGAAACCCAGGCCAUAUUAAAAUUAAUGAGACACAGCUGCUUUGGAUUUAUGUUCAUGAUGUCAAUUUAGUGUAGAUUAAUAUAAACAUAAAUAAAUAAACAUAAACAGUGAUAGAUGCUAAUAAGGACAUUGGUAUACAAAUAAACACAGGAAAACCAAGUGUAUGUUAAUGUUUUGUGACCUGAAUGCAGGAUAAAUUUGUUACAUCCUUUGAAAACUUGACAAAGUUCAGAUAUUUGAGAAUGAUGCUUACAGAUCACAAGUGCAUUCAUGAAAAAUUAAGAGCAUAGAGAAGUGCAAUUUUACUUGCAGUUUUUUGGCGGUGUGAGGCUUGGUCUCUCACAGUAAGUAAGAAAAUAGUUUGCCGAUCUUCGAAGACAAGGUGCUGAGGAGAAUAUUUGGGUCCAAGAGGAAUGAAAUAAUGUGAAGUUGGAGACAACUGCAUUUUCAAGAGAUGCAUAAAUUGUACUUCUCGCCAGAUAUUAGAAAUAUGAAAUGAAGGGGGAUCAAACAUGUAUCCGAACUUCCUCCCUCCUGUCCAUCUCUCCUUAUCAGGGUUCUUAGGUUUAAUACUAAAGGGAAUUAAUUACAGGAUUUGGCUUCAAUGACGGACAUACUCUCAUAAAUAUAAUUAAGAACACAUAAACGAAAUCUGAUUGGAUGGAACAGGCAGCCGGAUAACAUGAGAAUCUCAAGGGUGUUAACGGCCCAAACCACCAGCGUCAAUGAUAUAAAGAUUGAUUUAUUCACCACUCGAAGGUACCACGAAACCUCUUCGCCCGCUCCAAUACUGGGGUCGUGGGUUCGAAUCCCACUCUAUGUGUCUGUGUUUGUGUGCGUUUAUUC